UUGAGCCCGGGAUCAUAUAAAUACUGCUAUCAAGAACAUUCAGACAUCUAUUUUGUGACACUUGUGACAUUCUGUUUUCUUUCAUGAAUUGUUGCCAGGUGAGGAUUCAUACCUUGAUAGAUUCUUCAAAUCAACUGCUCACAUGGAUCCAAUGGAGCGUGCUUUAUUUCUUGAGAAAGACACUGAAAUGGAAGCUGCACAUUUGGUAGCAGCUAGUGCUGGUGAUACAGAGACUCCAGAUAUUAAUACAGAUGUGGAUACUCAUUUUAUUUGUUUCUCAUGCGUGGGUGGAGAACUUUAUGAGCUUGAUGGAAGAAAGUCGCAACCCACAUCACAUGGUCCAUCCUCACCCAGCAGCUUGUUGCAGGAUGUAGCAAAAGUCAUAAAAUCGAUUAUCCAAAAGAACCCCAACUCCAUGAAUUUUAAUGUUAUUGCACUCUCGAGGAAAAGUUCUGGUGCAUCAUAAAGGUGGCAUUUUAAAAAGGUUUCUUCCUGUGUUGUCCUUCAUUUGCAACUACUAGUUAGUCUUAACAGUACACUGGGAAGAAAUGGUUUUGUUUUUUUUUCCUUUCAGUGAAUUGUUAAUAUGAAACACUUUUGGCAUCCUUGCUGCCUUCACUGAAAGAAAUCACAGAUAUCUUUGUGCUUCCUUUUGUGA